AUGGCUGCGGCGGCGGCGCCGGCUCUGUACGCCUGCACCAAGUGCAACCAGCGCUACCCCUUCGAGGAGCUCUCCCAGGGCCAGCAGCUCUGCAAGGAAUGUCGAAUUGCACAUCCCAUGGUAAAAUGUACUUACUGCCGAUCAGAAUUCCAACAAGAGAGCAAAACUAACACAAUAUGCAAGAAAUGUGCCCAAAACGUGAAGCAGUUUGGAACGCCCAAGCCUUGUCAGUACUGUAAUAUUAUUGCAGCAUUUAUUGGCACUAAAUGCCAGCGUUGCACAAAUUCAGAAAAGAAAUAUGGACCACCUCAGACGUGUGAACAGUGCAAGCAGCAAUGUGCUUUUGAUCGCAAAGAGGAGGGAAGAAGGAAGGUUGAUGGGAAGCUGUUGUGUUGGCUUUGUACACUGUCCUACAAGAGAGUACUGCAGAAGACAAAGGAACAGAGGAAGAGCCUAGGGUCUUCACAUUCUAAUUCGUCAUCCUCGUCUCUUGCUGAGAAAGACCAGCAUCAUUCGAAACACCAUCAUCACCACCACCAUCAUCAUCGUCACAGCAGCAGCCAUCACAAAAUCAGCAAUCUGAGUCCAGAACAAGAUCAGGGAAUGUGGAAACAGAGCCAUAAAUCCUCUGCAGCUAUUCAGAAUGAAACUCCAAAGAAAAAACCCAAACUGGAAUCCAAGCCAUCCAAUGGAGAUAGUAGCUCUAUAAAUCAGUCAACAGACAGUGGGGGAACUGACAACUUUGUCCUCAUAAGUCAGUUGAAAGAAGAAGUGAUGUCACUCAAACGUCUUUUGCAGCAAAGAGAUCAGACUAUCUUAGAAAAAGAUAAAAAGUUGACAGAGUUGAAGGCAGACUUUCAGUACCAGGAGUCUAAUUUAAGGACAAAAAUGAACAGUAUGGAAAAAGCUCACAAGGAAACAGUGGAACAACUGCAGGCCAAAAACAGAGAACUACUCAAACAGGUUGCCGCAUUGUCAAAGGGUAAAAAGUUUGAUAAAAGUGGAAGUAUACUAACAUCUCCAUGAGGAACUGGUUACUUACUUGAGGAUUACUACUCAAUGUAAAUUUGAGUAAUUCUGUGAAGCCCUUAAAAUCCUGUGUAGUGGAAAAAUAUUUUUGCACACAAGAUUACUUGGCAUGUUUCCUACACUUUUAUAACUAAUAUGCAGCUUUUUAGUUAAACUGUUCAGAUAAAGUACUUCAACUGGCUUGAAGAAAUUUUUUAUUUUAUUUUUUUUUAU